AAGAAGAAAUUAUUAAGACCUCAAAUAAAGUAGUAGUUGGAAAAACGACGGAGAAAAUAACUAAUGAACAUAAGAAAGCAGCAGUUACGGCUAUUCAAUUAACUACGACUCCUGAAACCUGCAAAGAAAUUGUUUCCGAACAAAAGAAAGAUGGACGAAUUGAAUUAAGCGAGACUAUUCAAAAAGAAUUAGGCAUUCCAUCAACCGAAACUUUA